AUGUUUUAAUAAUUUUUAAACUGUUUCAAAAAUAAAUCAGCAAAGGAUGCCUCUAAAGAGUAUGAGAAAGAUGUACUAUCAUCAGUGCUAGAUAUAAUACCAAAUUACUAAUGUAAUAUAGAAGAUAAAUUGUAGCUAAAAAAGGAGAAGAGAUGGAUUUUGAGAUCAGGAAAUAGUUUAAUAAGUCAGAUAAUUUAAAAGCGUCAGAUGAGAAUUUAAUAAAAUAAGAUGACGAUGAUUAUCCUUAUUGCAGAUUUUCAUUAGAUUAUUUUUCUUUAACUAACAGAUUUCGGAUUUUUUGUGUUUAAAUAAAUUAGUCGAAACUAUUUUAAUGGAUUCAUUCUCUAUUAGUAAUUUUUAUAAAUAAUUUAAGUCAAUGAUAAUAGUAUGUGUAUUAAUUGUUAAGCCUUAUAAUAAUAAAAAUAGUGGUUUGAAUAUAACAAUAUCAAUGGAAGUGAUAGAAGGAAUAAUAAUCUCAUGUGAUGUAAUAUUUAGCAUUUAAGUUGUGAUAUCAGUAAUAUCUUUUGGGUAAUGAAUUAAAUUUAUGCAUAGAAUGUGGAAUUGCAAAUAUGGAUAUUACAAAGACCCAUACGCAUUUAUAAAUAGUAUAUGUUUGUUAUUUGCCCUAAUUCUUCGAUAAUCCUACUUAUAUAUAUUCAGGGCAUUAUUUUUGGUGGAUUUUAUUGUUUAGACAAAAUAUUUUUUAAUUGUUAAGAAGUUGAGUAAUACUGUAAAACAUGCUUUGAUGAUGACUGCAUAUGUCAUAAUUAUAAUUACUUUAUUUACCUAUAUAUAUGCAACUAUGGGAGUCUAAAUAUGGAGUGAUCAAUUAUAUCAUUAUUGUGUAAAAGAUGGACAGAUUGAUGAUUAUCCAGCAAGAUUGUGUGGAUUUGGUAGAUAAUGUCCAGAUGAUUAUGUAUGUUAAAGUGGAUAUUAUCACUAACCGUUCACAUAGUAUGAUUAUAUCUCUUUUGAUGAAAUUCCAAAUGCUUUGCUUACUUUGUUUAUUUGCCAUUUCAUUGAAGGUUGGGUGGAAGUAUAAUAAAAUUUAGCAGAUUCCUUUAACAAGUAUAUCAGCUCUAUCUAUUUAUGGUCUUACAUAAUUAUAGGAACUUUUUUCUUGUAAAACCUUUUAGUGGCCAUCCUUUUAAAUUAAUAUCAAAUGGAUUAAUAAACUGAAGAAGCACCCAAGAUCAAAAUAAAAAGUUAAACUAAAAUUUAGAUAAAUAAUGAGAGAAGACGAUCAUAUUUCUUAAUUCCUGGUCAUUAAAGUAGAAGCAAAAAAAGAGCUCUUUAAUUGAUACAUAAUUAACAUAACAAAGCUGCAUAAAGAUCAUAAUUGAGAAUCAAACUUAAGAAUAUAAUAUCAUCAAAUUAUGUGAAAUAUUUUUAUUCCCUUUUAUUUAUAACUAAUCUAAUCUUGUUUUCAUUAAAUGAUGAAUCGGCUUAUCACAAUAAUUUUGAAGAUUAAAUCACUGUUAUUAAUUUAGUUUUUCUUUUUAUAUAUAUUUUAGAAGACAUAGCAAGAAUUUAUGUUUGGAAAUAAAAAGAAAAUAAAUAUAUUCUACUUUCAGAAUUUAUUAUUGACUUUAUUAGCUUUAUAGUUCAAAUUAAUGAUAUGUCUUACGCAUUUGUACUAAAUGCAAUUAAAGGCUUAAGACUUCUAUGGUUUUUCAACACAUAAACAAGUUGGUCAAAUUAUAAAGUGCUAUUAUCAGCUUUACAAAAGUCAUUCAUCAAUAUUCCUAAAUUAAUUUUGGUUUUUUUAACAUAUAUGAUUGUAAUUGGGAUAUUGGGAAGAGAAUAUUUUGCUGGAAUGUUGCAUUUUAAUGAACAAGGUAAUUAUGAUAAAUAAGGUUCUUAUAUACCAAGAGCAAAUUUUGAUAGUAUCAGAAAUACAGUGUCUUCAUUGUUUAUAAUAAUUUGCUCUGAUUAAUGGGAAAACAUUUUUUACACUACAUUAGAAACAAAAACCUGGAUUCCUUAUCCAUUUUUUAUUUUUGUGUUAAUUUUAUGUAGAUUUUUCAUCCUGUCUUCUUUUUUAACAAUAAUGCUUGAUAAUUACGAGGAGGCAAAAAAUGAAGCAGACAAGUCUAAAGCUCGUGCUUAGAGAGUGAUUUCAUCUAUGCAAAGUAAUUAUAAAUAAGAUAAUUUUUAAAGAAACGAAAGUAGUUCCAGUUGUUCAAUAAUAAUCAUAAUCUGUAACACCUUAAACUGAAAAGAUAAUAUAUUUUGGAAGGUUAUCGAAGUUAUCAGAUGAUAGUGAUGAUGAAGAGCAAGAAUCUAAACAUUAAAUAUUACAAAGAUCAGCAUCAAAAUUACCUUAAAUUACUAUUUUCAAAAGUAAUGAUGACAUUAAAGUAUCAAUUAGCACAAAUUAAUCAUAUAAGCAAUACUUUAUGAACUCAGCCUUAUUCGUUUUACAUAACAAAAGUAUUUUAAGAAAAAGAAUACAAUAAUUAUUAUAGAAUAAAUAUUUUGAAUGGUUGAUGAGUUCAAUAAUAAUUUUAAACCUGAUUCUUUUGGGUCUUGAUAUACCAAUAUAUGAAUAAAAAGAUAUAAUAUAGAAAUUUAACGUUGUUUUUACGAUAAUAUUUAUUUUUGAAAUCCUAUUAAAGGUUCUUGGACAUGGAUUUAUUUGGAAUUAGAAUGAACAUAAUAGAGCCUUUAUUUACAACAAUCAAAAUAAUAUUGAUUUGGCUGUAUUAAUUAUAAGUUCAAUUAGUGAUCUAAAUCUUUAUAACAGCGGAUAUUUGAAAGCAUUUCGUGCAUUGCGCACUUUAAGAGUAUUCUCAUCUGCAAAAGUAAUUAUAUUGAAUUGAUAUAUAGAGAGGAUCUUAAAGUGAAGAAUUAAAUUUGAUAUCAAAAUCUUUAUUUCAAACAAUAUCAUUGUUAUCAUCAAUGAUAUUUGUAACAGGUAUCUGUAUUUGGAUUCUAAGUAUUUUUUGUAUGACAAUAUGGAAAGGUAAGUUGUAUUUUUGUACAAAUGUACAAAGCUAUGAUAACAUUUAUACAAAGCAAGAUUGCUUGGAUUAGAAUGGAGAAUGGAUUAAUAAUAUAACUAAUUUUGAUACAGUUUAAGAUUCAUUAUUGUGUUUGUUUAGAAUAAUUAUUGGAGAAGGAUGGACAAGUCAAAUGUUUUAUGUAUCAGAUAUAACAGAAAGAGAUAUGCAUCCAAGAGUUAAUUCAUCUGCCAACUAUUAACUUCUGUACUAUAUAUUAUUGUUUUUGUUGAAUAUUAUGCUUUUAAAUCUAUUCACAGGUUUGAUCAUCAACAACUAUAGAACUAUUAAGGAGAACAUCAGUAAUUACAAAUCUCUGAAUGAACAUCAAAGAGAAUGGUUGCAAAUGAUGUAUAUUAUGCAAAAGAAGAACCUUAUAAGAUUAAUUGAGAAACCAGAACAUAAAUUUAGAUAGAUAUGUUACUACAUAGCUACCUAUAAAUAUUUUGAAUUGAUUAUACUCAUACUCCUACUUUUGAAUUUGAUAUUGUAAGAUUUUUCCUUAUUAUAGUUGUUCUGCCAAUGGUAAAACUAUUAAUUAAACAACCAAAUAAGCAUUCUAUGUUUUAGACAUUCUCUUUAUUACCCUAUUUCAUAUUGAAGUUUUCAUCAAAUUUUCAGCAUUUUGGUAUCUCUAUCUCAAAGAUUCAUGGAAUAAAUUUGACAUACUAUUAUUAAUUUCUACAGAUGCUUUAUUGAUACUUGAUAGUAAAAUCGAUAUGCCUAAGAUUUUUAUGAUUCCCUUGAUAAUUCGUUGUUUGAGAGUUCUUAAUACCUAUAAGAUACUUAAAUUGAAUCGACCUCUAAAAGUCCUUAUUGAUGUCAUAUAAGAAAUUUUGCCAACCUUAUUAAGUGUCGUCGCCUUUAUUCUUAUAAUUGUAAUAGUUUAUGCUUUAAUUGGAAUUUAAACAUUAUCUACAAUUAAAUCAACUACUCGAGAUGCAUAAUAUCCUUUUUAUUAAGAAUUAGGUUAGAGGAAUAAGAAUUUCUAGAAUUUUUGGGAUGCUAUUUUAAUUUUAAUAGAAAUUACAACAGGCUAAUAUUGGCCUUUUUAUAUGUUAGAUUAUACAAUAGACAAGGCUGGUUGUCAUUCAUAAUCUGCAGAAUAGAUAAUGAAUGAAGGGGUGUAAGGAUGUAGUACUUUUUUUGGAUAUUUUUAUUUUAUAAGUUUCUUAGUUUUAAUUAGAAUUAUAAUGAUUUCUUUGUUUUUGGCAAUGAUUAUUGAAUCAUAUCAUGAAUGUUUGCUUGAGAAUACUGCAGUCAUAAAUCCAUAUUAGAUAGAAGAUUUCUUUUUAAAAUGGUCAGAUUAUGAUCCAAAAGGAAGUGGAUGGAUAAGUCCAGAAGAUUUUGCAUUUUUGAUGUUUGAGAUGAAUCCACCACUUGGGUUUAAAGAUGAGAAUGCAUAAUUAUAAUUAUUUGAUUUCAAUCAAAGUAAUAAAUUAAUUGAUAUUAAAUUUUAGAUCAUAAGAAACACUCUGCAUAUAUUUAUAAUCCUAGAACAAAAAUGCAUUUGAAGAAAAUAGAUAUUUUUAAGAAACUUAAAGAUUUUCAAGUUUUAAUUUAUAAAAACUAAAUGAUUCACAUAAAGGAUGUUUGUUUAUAAAUAGCAUAUAAUGCUGUAAAAAAAAAGAAUGAUUUGCAUGGAAUUGAAUAAAUUGCAGAUAAAUUAGUAUUGAGAAAGAUUAGAAAAUCUUGGGAAGCUAAGUUUCCUGAUUUAGGAGAUCAGAAAUUUCUUCAUUUUGCAGUUGAUAUAUUUGCAAUUAGUUCUAUAAGUAACAUCCUUAGAGGAGUAAUAGAGAGAAGAAAGGUUAAGAAGAGAAUUAAAGAAAUGCAAAAAUAAAAUAAUUUAAGAUAGUUAGAAAUAAAUGAAAAUGCUUAUUUGACAACAAAGAAUGUAGAAGAAUCUCAUCGUCACAGAAGAAAAAGUUAAAUAAGAAAAAGAGUAUUUCCGUUUGCUCAAUCUAAUAAUUCUUAUAGAAAAAAUAAAUUAAGUCUUGAGGGAAAUGUUUAAAAUCGUAGAUUGGUUCGUAGAACAGAUGUAAUGUAAUCUCAAUAGUUAUCUUCCUAAGUAGAAACUAAUUCACUUUCAACACAUAAUUUUUAUAUAGAUCCUUAGGAAAUGUAUAAUGGAUUCCCAAUGAAAGUAGUAUAUGAAACUCAGAAGAUAGAUUUUCCUAGUGAUAAUUCAUAACGCUCUUUCUUUGGAUAGAUGAAAUUUAAAGGAGAUAUAUCAGAAAGGAUGUCUGAAGAAGAGAGCAAAAAUUGA